AUGUACGGAGAUAGCCAUACACUACUGAAUAAAUGGUUCAAGCGCACCGGCAAGCGAAACGAGAUCUUCCUUGCAACCAAGUCAGCAUAUGUCAUUAAAGACGGCACCUUCACGCUUAAUAGCUCUGGAGAUUACCUCAAAGAUGCAUGCUACAAAGACCUUGCAGAUUUGGGACUUGAAUAUGUGGAUCUGUUCUACUGCCAUGGCUCCAACCCUGCCACACCUAUCGAGGAUACAAUGAGAGGUCUAAAAGCUCUGAAGGAACAGGGCAAGACAAAAUACAUAGGUCUAUGUGAAAUCACUUCCAACACACUUCGACGAGCUGUCAAGAUUGCCCCAGUGGAUGUUGUCCAAGUCGAAUACUCUCCAUUUGUUCGCCAUAUCGAGGGCCCAGAGGGUACUGAUUUGCUUGCGACUUGUCGUGAACUUGGCAUCAGCAUUGUUUGCUUCUCACCUUUGGGCCGUGGUCUUCUCACUGGCACAGUAACAAAGGAAACACUCACCCAAGAAGGGGAUUAUCGAUCCGUCUCACAACCUCGAUUCCAGGGCGAGAACUUCGAUGCGAACGUCAGAUUGGUAGCCCAAUUUAAGGCUAUUGCGGAGAGGAAAGGGUGUACGAGCUCGCAGCUGGCUCUAGCAUGGCUUCUAAAGCAAGGGAACGAUAUCAUCCCCAUUCCGGGAACUAAGAAGAUCAAAUAUUUAGAAGAAAACUGGGGAGCACUCGACGUCAAACUAAGUGACGAUGAUGAAAAGGAGAUCCGGAAGUUCCUUGAAGAGGCGAAGGUUGCUGGGGGCCGCGUCCCGGAACAGUACGAGCAUUUGUUGCUUGUGGACACGAGGGAGGAAUCUUAA